AUGAAUUCUGAAGCUGAUCCUGUUAAACCUUAUCGACCACCUCUUCCAUUUCCAUCACGAGCAUGGCCUGAACAAUUAGAGCAGGAGCACAAAAAUUUUAUGAAGAAAGUAAAAUCCUUACUCAAUUUAGUUACAAUAAUACUCAAUGAGCAAUGUUCAGCUGUGAUUAUGCAAGAUAUUCUAACUAAAAUGAGGGAUCUAGAUACUUUGACAAUCCCUUGUGAAUUUAACAACUCGAGAAAAACAAAUUCACUCGUUGAUUCGGGAGCUAGCAUAAACUUAAUGCCAUAUUCAUUCUACCAAAAGCACAUUUUAUUGGAGUUGAAGAUCACUAGAAUGACCAUCCAUAUGGAAAAUAGAUAUGUCACUCAACCUCGUGGAAUCAUAGAAGAUUUGUUGGUGAAAAUUGGGAAAUUUGUUUUUCUAAUUAAUUUUGUAGUUUUGGACAUGAAGGAGGAUGAAAAAGUGCCCAUUAUCUUGGCAAGACCUUUCAUAAAAAUAGCUCGAGCACCCAUUGAUAUCCGCGAUUUCAAACUUAUAUUACGAGUGGGGGAUGAAGAAAUUACCUUUGGAUGUGAUCCAAAAUCCAAACUUUCAAAAGCAAGUAGCGAUGAACUUUUCUUCAUGGAUGGAGUAGAUGAGAGGAAGUAUGAAGAGGAGCAAAAAGAAGGAUGUGAUGAUGGGUCGAACGAGCUUUUAGAGUUGGAGAAUUUGAUGGAUGAAGAAUUAUUUAAUUAG